GUUUGGCAGCAUUCUGUUGAGCAGAAAGAAAAGAUGGAGGAGUACCCCUCUAAACAGGGAACUGAAAACCUCGACGACCCUCCUAACAGCCGGCUUUUCGCGGUCACAAGUCGGUCCAUAACCGAAGAUGAGCUCCGGGAAAGUUUCUCUGUGUUUGGGGACAUCCAGGGGGUUUGGGUCGUCAAAGACAAGCAGACCAAGGAGUCAAAGGGAAUCUGUUAUGUGAAGUUCGCCAAGUCUUCUCAGGCCUGUAUGGCCAUGGAGGAAAUGCACGGCAAAGUGCUGAUGGAAGGGACUAAACCCAUCAAGGUGUUUAUCGCCCAGUCCCGGUCUUCAACAAGACACCGAGACGUAGAGGAUGAAGAGCUGACGAGGAUCUUUGUCAUGAUCCCUAAAACCUUCUCAGAGGAGGACCUUAAAGACACCUUUAAAGAGUAUGGCGACAUUGAAUAUUGUGUGAUCAUCAAGAAUAAAACCACAGGGGAGAGUAAAGGACUGGGCUACGUGAGAUACUACAAACCGUCCCAAGCUGCCCUCGCCAUAGAGAACUGCGACAAAACUUACAGGGCCAUCCUGGCGGAACCUCGCACCAAGGCUGCAGCGACAGAAGAGUACACCGGGGGAGCGGCCAGAGGGGAAUACGUGGGCGGCUCUGAGUCCAUGAACCAGUAUGCCAUGCCUAUGGGUGACCCUGGCAACUACCCAGUCAUGGACUACCGCUCGGGUGACUUCACACGGUGCCUGAUGAUGUCAACACGGGCCGCGCUUACCCAGGAGCAGAUUUUUGCUCUGUUUGACAUCAUUCCUGGCAUGGAAUACUGUGAGCUGCAGAGAGACGCUUAUGGAAUGAGCAAAGGUCAUGCUCUGAUUCGCUACAGUAACCUUGGGUCAGCGGUUUAUGCCAAGGAAAAGCUCAAUGGCUUUGAGUAUCCACCUGGCAACAGACUGGCAGUAAAUUUUGUUGAUGACGGAGAGGACCGCAGCAGUCCCGUAGGUCGAAUGGCCAUGCAGUUUGUUGCCGCCCAGAUGAUGUCUGCAGUGUGGAACGGGCCGUCCACCAGCCAAGUGAUGAAACCUGGCUUCUCUGCUGUCUCCCCAGUGUCCCGCAUUCAGACAGACGUCAACUUGCCCCCUCUGAAGAAGCUCGCUCCACCUGACAGCAAGGCGAAGGAGCGCUUGUUUGUUGUGUUCAGCCCCUCCCCGCUGCCCCCGGAUGUGCUGGAGGACGUUUUCUGUCGCUUUGGUUCCCUUAUUGAGGUCCAUUUGGUUCCUGGAAGGAAGGUUGGAUACAUGAAGUAUGCAGACAAACAGUGCGCAGACGAGGCCAUGGCAGCGCUUCACGGUCGGGUCGUCAACGGAGUAAAGAUGAAGGUGAUGCUGGCUGAUCCUCCCAGAGAGGAGUCUCAUAAACGUCCUCGUACCUACUAGGGCCACGGGGCACGAAUGAGCGGCGACUGUUGUCAUGACACAAUGACAUCUGACCUGACCGACCGACCGACCGACAUCAAGACCUUCUCCCGACCUCUGACACGACCUUUGACACCUGUCUGACCUUACCUGUGGUCAGUGACCUUGCUGUGACUCACUGAUCUAACGAACACACAGUAGCAUCCACUACUAAAGUUAAUCCUAUACAGUGUGUGAGCAGCAUCGAUGUGUGUGUAUGUGUAGUUCAUGCUUAGUGUCAGUGUUUCUGCUUUUUACACUGCUUUUGGCUCUUGUCAGCUGGACUAAGUAAGCACACCAUGGUGUAUCCACAGACUACUGAAGAAACACUUGUUUUUUUUCAAGUUUAACAAUCUCAUGGGUUACGUUGUAGUUCAGGUGGUUGGCAGGAGGCUGCAGUCCGUUGAUGAGCUAAAACCAGGCUUUGUAAAGCCGGAUCUGGAGUGUUAUGUUUUUCAGAUCUACUACUUUUUUCUUUUAUGGUAUGCCUUGUAAUCCCAUGUUGAGCUCAGUUCAAAGGUGUCUGUCAGACUUACUGUGAACUUUUUUUGUCUCAGUAGAAAUAAAGAUCAGUUGAACACACCA